AUGGCCGCAUUUAGCGGUGGGGAACGAUUCCCGCACUUGGAAGUGAGUUCAAUUGAAGAACUGCGAAAUAAUGCAGAAAAUACAAAUACCAAGAGAAGCACAAUCUUUUGGCUUGGCGUUUUUAAAUCAUGGGCAAAGGAGCGAGGUUUUUCUGAGGCCAUUGAAACGUACGAGGCGUUCGACUUAGACAAAAUUUUGGAGAAAUUUUACGGUGAAGUCAGGAACAAGGAUGGCGGUGAAUACGAACCAGACAGUCUCCGCGUUAUGAUAGCAGCCUUGGACUGUUAUUUGAAAGACUGUGGUUAUCAGAAGUCCAUAAUACGAGACCGGGAAUUUUGCAAAUCAAAAGAAGUUCUCGAGGGAAAGGCAAAGCGUCGACGACAGGAGCAUCACGGCAUGAAAGUUGAAGACUUCACAAUUGGCAAAGACAACGACGCACUCGAGUACGUUGAAUACAUCGAAUGUCCCACCAAAACAAGAAAUGGAGGCUUGUCAAAAAAGUCGAGAGAUUUCCUGCCCAAGAUGUAUGCUACAGGUGAUGAAAGAUGUCCUGUUGCUCUGUUCAAUGAGUACUUGUCUCGGCAACCAGCGGCACUCCAAAAUUCCGGCCCGUUUUACCUGUCGAUAAAGUACAACUCUCCAACAACAACACUUGGUACAAAUCUCAACCUAUGGGCACAAAUCGCAUCAACGAAAUGAUGAAAAGGAUUGUCCAGGGAACACAACUUGAGCAUCAACAACAAACGAAAUUGACAAACCACAGUGCUCGUAAGACGGUAGUCAACAAAUUGAAAAAGAACAACGUUGAGCGUUCCUCGAUCGUGAAAGUAACUGGUCACCGCAACUUGCAAUGGCUCAACGAUUAUGAUGGAGACGAACAAGAACAGCAGCAAAUGUCUUCCAGGAUAUCAUGGAGGAAUAAUCCACAACAACGUCACGAUGGGGCAUCCACUUGGCAAAAGUGGCAAUGCAACAACAGCAAGCCUUUCUUGCUGAUUUCCAACGGCAAGGUCAACUAA